UUUUUGAAAUUUUUCCAGCACCAAUUCUUCAUGCCCAGCAUUACGAUCGGGAUGAUAUUGAAGGACCAGCCUUAGAUAUUUUUGUCGUAUUUCAGAGUAUGUGGAAUGGCUGUCCACAUCGAGUACCGCGUAAUGGUCCACAAAUGGUUCCUUUACGCUAGGCACACCCAUGCAGCGUUUUCGUCGUUAAUAAAACAAAACGAAGAUAAACGAGUGCUCGACAGAUACGUGCGAUCCGAAUUCCACCGGAAACGAAGGAACCGAGCGAAUGGAAGUGAAAGAGAAAGCAAGGCUUGUUUACGGACGUAAACGAACCCGUGGGAACACAAGUCCAAAGCAAAGUCGUAAACAAUGCAAAAAUACAAACAAACCCGCCUGUAUCGUUCUCCCUCACAGGUUUUCCACUGCACUGCAGCACCACACCAACGGAUGAGUUACUCAAGUAUACCGAGCGAUGUUCUGGUGGUAGUAAAUGCAGUAGGGAAAACCACCACACAACUCGGUGAAGUGCGACGAAAAGAAAUAAUUGGAAGAGGAAAUUGGCACAAUUAGCGCUUAAUCACAACAAUAAGGUGUGUGGAAGUUCACGGUUGAAAUAGUUUUUCCAUCCUCCAGCUCAAGCGAAUCUUUUCUCUUCCACAUUUGCCAACCUAAUUUUUUGAUUUAAGAACAAAACGUUAUCGUUCAUGUUCUGGAUGGAAGAAGACAAACGAUUUCCAGCGUCUCUUUCGUCACGUCGUCUACUUAUAUGAAAUCCGUUGAUCCAAAAGAAAACAACAUUCGCAGUGCAAGCAAUGUGUCUGCCACAGAAACAGUGAGAAAUAGCAACAAUCACAGCCGUAUCGAGAACACGUUCUGCAUUCGACAAGUGAUUGAUACUCUCUUUUGCCAACUGUCAAAACACAUACAAGUGGCUGAAAACGAGUCACUAGCAGAACUUGUAAUUAAAGUUCCCGAAGUAUCACAAAUUUGGCUUGCCCUUAGCGUUUUGCUUGAACAGCACUGGAAGGCAGCGACGCGACUGAUAGAUGCAAGGAAGAUAGUCCUCGUGGAUUACGAGAAAGGCCAAUGGAAAUGCACCAUUGACACUGGGUCGUUCGACAUCAACGCCAAGAUUUGGCAUUGUUCAUGCACCCAAUUCGUGUUCUCUGCCUUUGGGAAACCAUUGGAGCUCAUCAACGACUCAACAGUACAGUUUGGGUUUUGGGGUGGAAGAUGUCUAGCUUUACAUCCUCCAGUGUGUCAACAUUUAGUAGCAGCAUGCAUUUAUUCUGUAUGCUACCCUAAACUGAAGGAGCAACACAAUGCAAACCGGAAUGAGGAGCAUGAAAGGUCGACGGAGCCUCCUCCCUGACUAGUGAAGAAAAUAGAAAAAAAAUAAAACAUAGGGAAGCACUCAUUGCAGUCGUGUGUAAAUAAUAAAAACGAACACCAAACGCAUUGAAAACGAAAAGGAACUAAUCAGUUUUGUCUUGCUUCCAAGACAAAUAUGCAGGAUCUCCGACACGUCUGGGCCAAAGCAUGCUCGCAACACCAACAGCAAUGCCGGAAAGGAAGAAGAGACAACCAAUGACGAUGUACAGAAUACCCAAGAAGUAGUUCUUUCCUCCGAUAGCCGUUGUAGUCGUCAUCUCGAAACUCUUCGAACCACCAUAUGGAAUGGUGGGGAAGUUGUAUGUGAUAUUCACCUCAUACAAUCCUGUUCUCAAGGCAGCUGUGGUGUUACGAACGAUUAACUUACUGAAAGUGGGAAGAGCUGCCGUUCGCAUCCAGACCUGGAACUCUUCCCAGUUACCCAAGUCUGGCAUGUUGUCUGAGGUAUAGCCGUUUGGAUACCGUUUUGCCCAGUUGGGAGGCGGGACAACGUCGGAGGGUGAGUACUGGGUUGUGCCAUAUCUUGCCUUGUCGGCCGGCCAAGCAGUGCCAUUGGUAGUCAAUACAUACUCACCUAUUUUUUGCCCAUAUGUUGAAGUCUCGUCACUCAAAUGGUUCAACGAGGAAAAGGUAUCGUUGAACAUGGAAUUGGCCACGAGGCCACAAGGAUAGUAUGGCUUACCUUCCUCGUUUAACUGCAGGGGAGUACAAUCACUCUUACUGAUUUCCUUUGCAGUUCUGGCAUCACCGAGCAAUUGAUCAACGUCGUAACUCUUUGCGUACCGGCGAUGGUUUUGGUAGAAGCGUGUGAGAUGGUAGUAUACAAAAACCGGCUGUUUCAUCGUCUCCGGCACGUAAAAACGAAGAGAGCACGUCUCGUUGUCGGCAUUCCAGCGCCACUGAGCGCUGAAGUUGUUGUGCGUCAAAAAAUUAAUAUGUAUAUCGUGAGACGACAUGUCAGUAUAUUCUGACCCAGCGUUCAUGCAGUUUGUGUACUCCAGCCGAAGACCCUUUGCCUGUUUAUAUGUUAGAAAGGAAACGUGAAUGAGAGCGUUUGAAAGAAGGAGAAGGAGGUGACAAUUAUGAAAAACCAUGGGAAAAGGACACUGAAUUGGAAGUUCCUUCCAAAUAAAGUAAGAUUUUCUUCUAGUUAGUCCUUCGUCUCAUUUCAGACACACACUAAAGCCCGACUUGUUUUCUUUUCUUCAUGUAGCCUCCUCCUGCUCCUUCCAAUGGCUCUCUCUUUCUUACUUUUGAGCUAGCGACAAAAAGAGCACCUCCAAUAGGACCAAAAAUGAGACCCAAGAUCGUCAAAAUAGGAAUCACAGUCCACGGAGUAAAAAUUAGUUUCCAUGAUGGAAGGGUUUGUUGAAAGAAUCGAGAAUUAUCACUAUUCCAGAAAUUCGUUAACACAUCGCGACCAAAAACAACAGCUACGACACAUACGGCCUCGAAAACUUCUUCUUCUUUUUCUGUUCAGGAGAAGACAUUGUUAUAACGUGCAGAGUUGCCUACAAUGGCAACAGUAUACAAAUUCUGUCCGUUUUUUGGUGUCUGACACUGGUCAAGCGUCUGAGCGUGUAUCACGGUUAUUUGCUCAUACCGAGCUCGCUGCGAAAACCUAAUAAUUUAUACUGCAUAUGCGUUGUCAUACGAAAGUUACAAUUCUAUAUAGUACAUGUAUGUAAAGAAACCAGCGUAUUUUCAC